CUCUCUCUCUCUCUCUCUCUCCCCCUCUCUCUUCCUCUCUCUCUUUCACUCUCUCUGGCUCUCGUUCUUCUCCACUGUCCUCUUCACAAAUCCCCAAACUCUGCUGGAUUGAAGACCUUUCACUGUAAAUAAGAGGAGCUGAGACCCUCAGUCACAGAGGAAAAUGGCAUUUCUCAUUAAGAGCAUGGUGGGGAACCCGCUGAAAGGGAUGGGACUCGGAGGAGGAGAAGAGAAAUCUGAGGCUGAAACUCCGAAGGACCCGGCGGCGGCGGCUGGGAUGACCAGAGAGGAAUACGAGGAGUACCAGAAACAACUGGUGGAGGAGAAGAUGGAGCGAGACGCCGAUUUCCUGCACAGGAAGGCGGAGAGGGCGACGCUCAGGGUUUGUCUUCGUGAGAAAUACAGACUGCCAAAGAGCGAGCAGGACGAGAACAUGAUCCAGAUUGCCGGAGACGACGUGGACGUCCCAGAGGAGCUGCUGAAGAUGGUGGACGAGGAUGCGACGGAGGAAGAGGAGAAGGACUCCAUUCUGGGUCAGAUGCAGAACCUGCAGAACAUGGACAUGGAUCAGAUCAAGGAGAAAGCCUCGGCUACGUUCAACGAGAUGAAGAGCAAAGCCGAGGAGAAGUGCUGCGUUAUGUGACAUCCUGAUGAGACGUGACGUUCUGACGAGGAACCGUUGGUUCGGUUUAUGAACUUUAUCAUAAGCAGAUGAGCCGAGUCAGGAGUUAAAAAAAAUCUAUGAGCAGAAAUGACUUGUUUAUACCUGAUCUGUUAUUUUUAAAAAGAAAUGCCAUGUAAAUCAGUGUUGAGUCCACAGUCAUGUCAUUACUCAGUAUUUACAGCAUGGCUGUGUGAGAUGAUGUGUUAGAGUAACUGUGUUUAUGAGAUUAGGAGAUUACGAACACUUAUAAUGUGUCGCGGGGUCGGAUUUUAUGGAAAUAAUCAAAGGUCACAUUUAUAUUUAUAUUCAUCACAUUAUUGUGGUCCAUUUCUAGGUCCUGGUGAC